AUGAGUCAAGCUCAUUCUUGCGUUGAGAAGGCAGGGAUGAUUUCCUUCUGUCGUGUCAGGCAGUUGGAGGUUAAUGAAAAUUUCGGACUUCAAGGCGAUAUUUUGAAGUUUGCAAUUGAGGAGGACAAGAAGCGGGGCCUAAUUCCAUUUUAUGUUUGUGCGACUCUCGGGACAACUGCCUGCUGCUCCUUUGACAACUUAGCAAGCAUUGGACCCGUAUGCAAGCAGACUAAUGUUUGGUUGCACAUAGAUGCAGCCUACGCCGGGAGUGCUUUCAUUUGCAAGGAAUUUCGCCCUCUCUUAAACGGAGUAGAGGAGCUCGCGAUUUAA